AUGCCUGCCGAGCUGUCGCCUGCUGCCUUGGCGGCUUCCUUCGGACAGGGCCAUCUUUUCACGUUUUGGGAUUCUCUGAAUGAGACUGAACAGCAAAACCUGUUGAAUGAUGUCGCGACAGUCGAUUUCGAAAGGAUUUCAAAGCUUAUACAAGUGCCGAAGAAACAAACAAACAAUAACAUCGAAGAGCGCUUGUUACCACCCGAAGAUAAUAUUUGCGGAUGUCAAUCAGAACUACGGAAAUCUAAUCCAGCAUUACUAGAUAAAUAUUACGAAACUGCUUUAAAGGCCGUCCAUGAAGGAAAAGUAGCUGUUUUACUUUUGGCUGGUGGCCAGGGUACUCGUCUUGGUGUCAGUUAUCCCAAGGGCCUGUAUAAGCCCAACUUGCCUUCUGGGCGUUCUUUGUAUCAAAUACAGGCUGAAAAAAUCCAGCGCGUGGCAAAUCUUGCAGCUAAGCGGUUUGAUGGAAACGGUGGCUUAUAUAGGGCCUUGCACGAACGUCACAUAAUAGAAGACAUGAAAUCACGUGGUGUGGAAUAUGUACAAACUUAUUGUGUGGACAAUAUCCUGGUCAAACUGCCCGAUUUGCAUUUCAUCGGGUUCUGCACAGAUCAAGACGCGGAGUGUGGUGCUCAGGUCGUUCAGAAGAUUAAUCCGAAAGAGCCCAUCGGUGUUCUAGGAAUGGUAGAUGGACGGUACCAGGUGGUUGAGUACAGCGAAAUAUCUCCGGAGACUGCUGCGCUUCGUCGGGUGAACAGCACUUCUAACUCAGUCAAUCUUUCCCAUUCAGGCAGAAACGGUCCCAGCUCGGUACAAGAACAGCGUUUGCUGUAUUCCCACGGAAAUAUUUGUGUGCAUUUUUUCACCCGCCUGUUUCUCGAGCGAGUUAGUCAACCGGAGAUGUCGAACCAGAUGAGGCAUCAUGUGGCCAAAAAGAAGGUCACCCAUGUGGACAUGGUCACCGGUGAGAUAGUGACCCCAUCCACCCCCAAUGGUGUGAAACUCGAACAGUUUAUCUUCGACGUGUUCCCCCAAGCUGAACGAUUUGCCAUUUGGGAGGUGCUCCGAAAAGAGCGAUUUUCCCCGCUGAAAAACGGACCAGAUGCGGAGGUGGAUUGUCCGAAAACUUCCCGAGCGGACUACCUAUCCUAUCAUGCGAAGUUGGCGCGGGAUGCCGGUGCUGUGUUUUUUGACGUCAAUUCAGAUACGCACGCUGUGGGAGAAGCAAACGGGGCUACUACGGAGGCAAUCUUGGAGAUCUCCCCAUUGGUAACCUAUGGAGGUGAAAAUUUGGACUGCCUUGCUGGAGUCGAAAUUCGCGGCACGAAUGUUUUGGAACUGGAUGAGAAAACUGGUAAGCCGGUGCUCAUUCGCGUCGAUGCGCUUUAA